AUGCUCAUCAAAGAAUUUCGGGUGAUCCUACCUAUCUCUGUGGAGGAGUACCAAGUGGGCCAGCUGUACUCGGUGGCCGAGGCCAGCAAGAACGAAACGGGAGGCGGCGAAGGCGUGGAGGUGCUGAAAAAUGAGCCUUAUGAGAAAGAUGGAGAGAAGGGGCAGUACACACACAAAAUCUAUCACUUGCAGAGUAAAGUGCCGUCCUUUGUCAGAAUGUUAGCUCCUGCUUCAGCCCUCAACAUCCACGAGAAAGCCUGGAACGCGUACCCAUACUGUCGCACAGUCAUCACUAAUGAAUACAUGAAGGAGAACUUCCUGAUCAAAAUUGAGACGUGGCACAAACCUGACCUAGGACGCCAGGACAAUGUGCACGGUUUGGAUGCAGAAACCUGGAAGAAGGUGGACGUAGUCUAUAUUGACAUCGCCGACAGAAGCCAAGUAGAGCCCAAGGACUACAAGCCAGAGGAGGAUCCCUGCAGGUACAAGUCAGUGAAGACUGGACGAGGCCCUCUUGGACCGGACUGGCGGAAGGAGCUUCCCAACAAGAAAGACUGCCCACACAUGUGUGCCUACAAGCUGGUUACAGUCAAGUUCAAAUGGUGGGGCUUGCAGAACAAAGUGGAGAGCUUCAUCCAAAAGCAAGAGAAGCGCCUGUUCACCAACUUUCACCGUCAGUUGUUCUGCUGGAUCGACAAGUGGAUCGACUUGAACAUGGAGGACAUCCGCCGCAUGGAGGAGGAGACACGCAAGGAACUGGACGAGAUGCGAGUGAAGGACCCUGUGAAAGGCAUGGUAGCCAUAGAGGACUGA